AUGCCGAGGGCCGUCAGGAUCCGCGGCGACGAGCCGGAGACGGAGCGGAGAGCGAAGAGGCGAAACGUGGCAGGGGAGGAGGAGGAGGAAGGGACAGCUCUCCGCUCCACGAGCCCUAGAUCUCCCGGCGACCGCGUGGAUCGGAGGAGGAGGAGGAGGAGGAGGAGGAAGGGAGCUGUUCGGACUUCCCACCCAGAGAUGCUCUUCGCGGUCUUCGAGCCUGACAAAGAUCAAUCAGAAGGAAAACAAGAUCGUGUGUACGAUGUGGACGAGUCGGUGACGGAGGAAUCCUCCGAUCCACCCAGCCCUCCGAUCUACGAACCCUACAUCCCCGACGAGCUGGUUGAUGAUCCGGACAUACUCGCUGCCUUCGACUACGCCAAGGCCAAUUACGAAGCAGAAAAGUCACCUUCUUGCUUGUUCGAUGACCAUCGCUUUCUACCUAUUCGUGAACGGGCAACGGGUGCAGUACUUCUUGCUGCUAAAUCCGUCGUUUUACUGUCAUCAUUUCUAGGGAGUCAGCCACUCAACAAGUGUUGUGGUUUGUGGUUUCAAAGGAACGACAGAAGCAAAACCGCCCAUGUUUUGACGUCUGCGCAUCUCAUUCGUGAAAAGAAUCCCUCCGUGAAGAACCAUUGGAAAUCGCAGUGGAUAGGAAAAUAUCAUCGUGGCGCUGAGGUCAAUGUUCACUUCCUCGACAAAAGAGUUGUACCAGGCCAACUUGUCUAUCUUCAGGAGCAUUAUGAACUUGCUCUUUAUGAGGUUAAAGUGAAUAAACCAGUUCAGCUGCCCACUUUUAAUGACUGUGUGCGUUCUGGUAAAGAUGUUUUUCGACUUGGAAGAGAUGAAAAUCUAGAUCUGAAGAUAACACAUGGUAUGGCAGCCUAUGAGGUUCCAUCUUGGUAUGAAAGAUGCCACUACAUGUAUUUUUGUCGUGAUGCAUCUAGUCGCAAACUGCUUGCUGAUGAUGGAGGACCGAUCAUUGACUUAGAAGGGAAGGUUGUGGGUUUAGUUAAUAAUCAUAUCAAUGAGACAUUCAUACCUUCGUCCAUAUUGCAUAAGUGCUUCGAUUUUUGGAGAAGAUUCGAUUGUAUGCCUCGCCUUCAUCUUGGAAUGACGUUCACUUCAAUCAAGCAUUUAGAUCCUAUCUCUAUUGAGAGAAUGACUCGAGAUCAUAACAUCGAGUCCGGUCUUAUUGUUGAACAGGUGUCUAAAGGAUCGCAUGCUGAGAAAAUUGGAAUUCGUGAGGGUGAUGUUAUUGAAAGCUUUAAUGGAAAGUACAUUUCUACUACAAUCGAGUUGGAGCAGAUGUUGAUAGACAUAUGCUGGGAACAUUUUGAUCAAGGAAAAGAUUUAUAUGCUGAAAAAGAUGUUUCGGUGAAAAUAUUUGAUGCCAUCAAACAUCGCCGGAGAACUAGAAACUUGACUGUAAUUGUAUCGGAUCUUGGAGAAGACAUUGUGAAAGGCACUUACCCUAUCAUGGGUAAAGAAGCCAUGCCAGUCUCUUAUGAUUCUUGA